AUGUCAAGACUAAUUGUUAAGGGACUUCCAAAGUACUAUACAGAAGAGAACUUGAAAAACCACUUCAGUCAACAGGGCGAAGUAACUGAUGUCAAACUAGUCAAGGCUAAGAAUGGGGAGUCAAGAAGGUUUGCAUUCAUUGGGUACAAAUCAAACGAAUCGGCAGAGAAAGCAGUAAAGUUUUUCAACAAGUCUUUCAUAGAUACAGCAAGAAUAGAUGUUCAAAUAGCCAAAUCGUUUUCUGAUCCUAGUGUGCCAUUAUCGUUUAAGGAAAAGAGAAAGAGAGAGAAUGAAAGGUUAAGGAGAGAAGAGGAUUUGUUGAUUGAAGAGAAUAACAAACUUAAAGCUAAGAAGCAAAAGGUGGAACGGAAAUCACUAAUCGAGGAGGAGAUGGAAAAUGAUCCCAAAUUUAAGGAAUAUAUGGAGGUAAUGAAACCAUCACAUCAAGUCAAGUCAUGGGCAAAUGAUACCAUAGCAGACGGAUCAGGGGGUCCUUCGAAUGCGGACUUGGAACGAGCUCUAGAAGGAGACAGCACACAAGCUAUUGAAAAACUCAAGCCUGAAGUGAUAGAGGCUCAGGAUCAGGAGAGUGACGACGAGUACAACGAUUUCAAUGGGCCAGUUGAUAAUGAGGACGAAGAAGAGGAGAUGAUGCCUUUAGACAACUUGAAGGAGGGUGAAUCUGGCACCUUGGCUAAAGAUGAAAACGUUUCAGAUUUGGAUUGGUUGAAAUCGCGAAGCAUUCGUAUCAAAGAAGAUGGUGAAUUGCCAGCGGAUAAUAAUGCGCCGAACCGAGAGACCAAAACUCAAGACGAGCACCCAGUCAGACCCACUCCAGUUUACAAAUCCGACGAAGAAAAAGCAAGAGAUAAAAUUGAAGAGACUGGGCGGUUGUUUAUCAGAAACAUCCUGUACGAUGCUACUGAAGAUGAUUUUAGGCAGUUGUUUGAGGCAUAUGGUCCACUAGAGGAAGUACAUAUUGCUGUGGAUACCAGAACCGGUAAAUCAAAAGGUUUUGUUUAUAUUCAAUUUGGCAACACCACCGACGCAGUCAAUGCGUUUGAGUCACUUGAUAAGGAAAUAUUCCAGGGAAGGCUCUUGCAUAUACUUGCUGCCGAUAGGAAAAAGAGUCACAGGCUAGAUGAAUUUGAUUUGAAAAAUUUGCCUUUGAAAAAGCAGAGGGAGUUGAAGAAGAAAGCACAGGCUUCUAAGAGCCAAUUCAGCUGGAAUUCUCUCUAUAUGAAUACAGAUGCAAUUAUGGAUUCGAUGGCAGCAAAGUUGGGUGUCACAAAAUCACAGUUGAUUAACCCUGAAAAUUCAAACUCAGCCGUGAAGCAGGCGCUUGCUGAAGCACAUGUCAUUGGUGACGUAAGGCAAUUUUUUGAAGAACGGGGAGUUGAUCUUGCGAGUUUUAAUCAAAAGGAAAGAGACGAUAAGGUCAUUUUAGUGAAAAACUUUUCAUUUGGAACAACCGUAGAAGAAUUGGGCGAGCUAUUUUCACAAUACGGUCCAAUUAAAAGAAUAAUCAUGCCGCCUUCAGGAACAAUUGCAAUUGUUGAGUUCAGCGAUGCCCCUAGUGCCAGAGCUGCGUUUACCAAAUUGGCCUAUAAACGAUUCGGCCCAAGCAUUCUUUACCUCGAGAAAGGUCCAAAAGAUUUAUUUACUCGUGAACCUGCUGAAAAUGAAAGUGUCAAAAUAUCUGAGCCUGAAAAGGUUGUUGAGGCAAAAAUAUCUGCCAGUGAUGUUCUUGGUGAACCAGAAGCGGAAGAAGAAGAGGAAAUCCAAGCUCCCACUGUCGCCAUCUUUGUCAAGAAUCUCAAUUUCAGCACAACAGUACAGCAACUUUCUGACUUGUUCAAGCCACUACCUGGCUUUGUUUUGGCUACAGUCAAGACUAAACCGGAUCCAAAAAAUUCAGGCAAGACACUAAGUAUGGGUUUUGGUUUUGUUGAGUUUAAAUCGCUAGCUCAAGCAAAUGCAGCAAUAGCUACAUUAGAUGGACAUGUCUUGGAUGGACACAAGUUGCAGUUGAAAAUUUCACACAAACAAGGAGGUGCUACUUCAUCCACUGCCAAAUCCGCCAAAUCGAGUAAAAUCAUUAUCAAAAACUUGCCAUUCGAAGCUUCUCGUAAGGACAUUUUGGAAUUGUUUGGUGCUUUUGGUCAAUUGAAAUCAGUUAGGGUACCGAAAAAAUUCGAUCAAAGUGCAAGAGGGUUUGCCUUUGUUGAAUUCAACUUGUUGAAAGAGGCAGAAAAUGCCAUGAAACAAUUGGAAGGAGUACAUUUAUUAGGAAGACGUUUGGUUAUGCAAUAUGCUGAACAAGAUUCAGACGAUGCCGAAGCUGAGAUUGAAAAGAUGACAAAGAAGGUCAAGAGGCAAGUUGGAACACAGAAUUUAGCAGCUGCUAGAUUGGCGGGUAAAUCAAAAAUUGAAUUGGAAGAGAAGGAUGAUGAAUUUGAGUAA